GGCUCACACAAACAGACAGAGGGAUUCUGGUUUUUCUCGAACAUCGAGAGAGAAACAGCAACAGCCCCAACCCAAAGCAGACCACCCACACGUGCGGCUCUCGACUUGCAUGAACACCAUACACUAAAUCCUAGACAGAGAAAGAGGGGGGAGAGAGAGAGACAGACAUAUACCAGUCUCAAAAUAAGGUGCCCUGGACCUCUCUGAUCAAGCGUUAUGGAGAGAGCAAGUUGAGUAAAAAGAGGAGUGAGUGAGUGAGUGAGAGAGAGAAUCGUGUGGCUUCAGCUCUUCUUUUUGUUCUUUAGCUUUCUUUUCCUCCACAGUAAAAAACCAUUCUCUUUUCUGUUCCCCGUUUUAUAAACGUUAUAUUUGUUUCUUUGGUUCCUUUCAAAUAAGAAGUGUAACUGUCCAAUAAAGAUCUCCUCUUCCAUCCCUUUCCUCUCUCCAUUCCUUCUCUUUGAUCAAACCCAUCAAAAGAUUACAGAGGGAGAGAGUAUGAAAAAAAAUGAAAUCUUUAAUUCAUUUUGUUUACUGAUUUUCUAGUCAGCUUCUCUCUGUGAGAGGAUUUUGAGAGAAACCCAGUUGUUUUGUGGUCAUUAUUUUGCUUAUUUCAGUCUCCUCUGUUUUCCUCUGUUUGUGGCAUUGUACUAGUGAUCAAGGGAAAACACAUUGGUUUCUUGGACGUUUCCUUCAUUUUCCUUCACUUUCUCGCCUUUUAACUCCUGGGUUCAUCUAGGUUGUGUUUUUUUUUUUUUUUUUUUUUUCAAUCCAAUGAGUCUUCAACACAUCAAGAAUCAUGAUGGUGAUGGUGUCAUUGGGUUUCCAAACAUGAACUUUAGUAUGCGUCCUCCUCCUGUUGAUCCCAAGCCUUUUCUCUCUGUAAACCAUCUUGGUGAGAGAGGGUCUCAAAUGGGAUUCCAGAUUUUGAAUGCUCAAGAAGUCAGGGGAAGUGAGUGGACUACAGAUGAUGGGAGUUUUGGUGUUGAGAGAAAAGGCCUUGCUUUGAACCCUAACGAGGAUGAAGAAAGUGAUCAGAGGAAAAGUGGACACCCAAAGCUCUGUGCCAGAGGCCAUUGGAGACCACAUGAAGAUUCCAAGCUCAAAGAACUUGUUACCCAGUUUGGUCCUCAAAACUGGAACUUGAUUGCUGAGAAACUUGAAGGAAGAUCAGGUAAAAGUUGCAGAUUAAGAUGGUUUAACCAGCUAGAUCCAAGGAUUAACAAGAGGGCUUUCAUUGAGGAAGAAGAGGAGAGGCUGUUGGCUGCACAUAAAAUGUAUGGCAACAAAUGGUCUAUGAUUGCUAGGCUGUUCCCAGGGAGGACUGACAAUGCAGUGAAGAAUCAUUGGCAUGUGAUCUUUGCCAGAAAACACAGAGAGCAUAACAUUUUCUACAGGAGGAGGAGGAAUUCUUCACAGCAAAUAGUGUCUAAAGGAUUGAAGUAUAAUAAGAGUGCUAAAUACCAACACAAUGCAUGCAGUGAUUCAACCAUCUCUAGCAACAACAAUGUUGAUGAAUCUGCCUCAACAUGCACUAAUCUCUCCCUCAGUCCCUCUUCUGCCAGACUGCCUCCUGCGUUCCUCACUAGGUUCAAUCCACUUCAGAAGCACUACCAAUCUUAUGGAUUCCACUUGGGAUCAUCUGCAGAGGGAAAAGUGGUGAGAAUGAGAAAUGUUGGUGAUGUCCAGUUGUAUGGUCCUGGGGGAGUGGCAAUGGUGAUGAACGUGGACCAAUGUGGUCAUCAGCACUCGGAUUCAAACUCAGAAGUUUCAGCAACUGAGUCAGUUGCCAAUAACAAGACUAGUCUCAAUCUCUUCAUGUAUGGGGAAAAUGAGAAUGAGAAACACAAGGACAUUCAAUUCAUUGAUUUCCUUGGAGUAGGACCCACAUAAAGAAAAUAGUGAUGGGGUUUUGGGGAUGGGUUGUAGUUAGAGUACUGCUACUAGCUACCAAAUUGUAACAAGUGAAGGACAUAUA